GAGAGUUUCCGUGAUGAGUCGACGCCAGGAAACGGCGACGUCGGGGAUGAGACGAGUGACCUAAUAAUAAGUGGUGGACGACGACCUACUCAGACCUCGUUGCUGCCGGAAGAUCACCCGAGGCCGAUACCGAGAUCCAGGUCUCCGUCUGUCGGAACAGAGCCCAGCAAACAAGGUCGUUUCUCACCUUCAAACACCGGUGCCACGACCACCACCAAUUAUUGGAACGGACUGAAAAGAAUCAGUAAACAGCAGCCGACAGCAGCAACAACAGGCGUUAUUGGCGACGGAGGAGGAGGAGGAGGGUUGUUUGUGACGUCGACGUCGACGACGACGACGCCGGACCCAAACCGAAUUGUAGUCAAGGUCAGGUUUGAACCCGUCAGAUCGGCGGUUUGGUUGCGGCGUAGUUGUGAUCAAGAAGAUCAUAUCGAGCGAAAGAGUUUGCAGUUACUUGACACGAUGGCUUGUGGCGGACCUUCGAAGACACCUGAAGAAGCAACUGAGGAACUGACGGAAUUGGUCAGAAGAAUUCAAACGAUCGACGUGAACUCAAGGAAGAGAGUGCAUAACAGUGCCGAAGGAGCAUCUCUGGACGGUGAAACAUCUAUGAUGUCCAAAUUAAACCAGCUUAAAGGGGUAAAGUCGCUUUCGAUUGAACAACGUCUUCGGUUGGCGAGAUUUCUAAAGGUGAUGCAUAGUGAAUUCGUAGCCGAGUCCGAAUUACGAGGUGCAGAAAGGGAGCUACGUUUAAAAAAGGUGCGCAUCGCAGAAAUCGGAGAAGAGUGCAUGCUUUUGGAAACUAACGCAAUAAAGCUGAAGGGAACAGAAGAUGAUUUAAGAGAAAAGAUCAUGAAAGAUCAACUUCUGCUGGAUCGUGCAAGGGAACUGCAAAGAGAGGCUGACAAUGCCUUGAAAGAGGCAUUUCAACGGGUACUAAUAAGUGAUGCUUGUUCGAUAAACGAGGCAUUAGGUUCAGGACGUUGGUAUCUUGCCAAUGAUGUUUCUUUUACGGGACGUGAAGAAAAUGGUAUAACGACCCUGCGAUUCCGUGAUGCUGAAUUGGUGUUGGGGCCUAGUGACGGUCUCUUGCUAUCAUGGAUUCGAGAUAUGAACAAGGGGUUACUUCCUACAAGAAUUGCGGGCGUACCAGAUGAGACUGCUCCAAAUACUUCUGUUAUAAGGAGAAGUAUUGAGGUACAGCCUGUGAUCGGCGAUGAUAAAGUUGUAAUGAAUUAUGCACAAAGUGAUGCUAGUUCUGUACGAACCGAAUUCGAGCUACUAUUGGAUGAUGUAAUUUGUAAAAUAUUCCUGAUGACAAAAUUCGUGCCUGAGAAUGAGAUGCAAUAUUUUCGGAAUGCGUCGCGCGCAAUGAAGAUUACGGAUCGUCUACUUGAUUUACUGGGGGACUGGAAAAUCCCAUUGCCUAUUCCUGGUUGUGUCUUCGAGGAUUUCGGAUUUGCUACGGAUGACUAUGGAUUCACUGGGCCAUUACGUGAAAAUUCGGAUCUUCCAGCAAUCCUAAUUCUAAGUACAUCUAUGACGAGCGGAUGGGGACUUGGUGAAUGGGUUUUUCAAACAAGGAUUGCGGAUUUUCAAAAUAUGCGGCGACCUAUUCCAAACUUUGCGUAUUUGACAGCUGGAAUGAAAGUUGAAAUCAAUCAGGUAUCGAUUAGUGGAUGGUGUGCGGUGAUGCGGCGCAACAGUCUAUUGAUGAAAGCCUUGCGGGACGUAAUAUUCAACGGGUUGCAUUUGGGACCAAACUACAAGUUUGCGCAAAUCUACUUGCGUAUCGGCACAAAUGAUAUGAAGGGCCUGUGCACCUUCAAAUAUUAUGACGUCCGUUUUCCAACUUUCGAGGCCUUUUACAAGGAAUAUGAGCAGUUCAUGGGAAAUCUGGUAAAGACCUUUGCUUGCAACGUGUUUGCUUUGGGAGCAGCUCCGCCUUCCGCAUCACCAUUAUUGGAGAGUCCUACAAGUGUGGCGUUGGAUGCUGACCAAAAUGGAUUACCAUUAGUACCUUUAAGGUGCUUGGAUAAUGUUGACCUUGUGGAGGAAGAAGAUAGGGAGAGAGCUGGUCGCAUUUAUCUGAAUGAAAUUUACAGACGAUUAGCAGGUAUUGAUGGGGUCAUGAACGUUGUUGAUGCAGAAAGAAAUCUGGGAUGGAUUGCUCUGCCUACACCCAUUGAUGGGCUGAGGGCGUAUAGCAGUGGUCGUGGAAAGUUAUCAGAUUUUGGGCAUAUUACGCCUUCUGGUUACCUGAUUUUUGCUAAGUAUCACUGCAUUUCCAUAUGGCGUGGGAUUCGAAUGUUACCAGGCUAUGAAAAGGUAGUAGGACGAAUCUGCUCAGGACAAAAUCCUAGGUGGCUUGAUGAUGGAACAGUGGCAGUGGGUUUGGCUCCUGAUAAUCUGCAUGGGCAUAGUGGAUCCUUUGGACCAGUUUCAGACUGUGUUGGACCAUUAGUUCCCACCGGGAAUAUUGAUCUUGCCAAGUUACGAAAGUUCGACUUUGACGAAUGCUUCCUGACUGAUGCUGCUACAAGUAAUGCCCGGAGUCGGUCAAAAAUUGAAGUUGGGGACAUAGUGCGAAUUCAAAACGUGAAGGGGACCAGAAUCGUCGUAUCUCGAACUCCUACUGGUUUUUGGAUGGUUGGUUUUGGUGGUCAACUGUAUGUGGAAUCAAAUGUAAUUUGUAAAAUAUUCCUGAUGACAAAAUUCGUGCCUGAGAAUGAGAUGCAAUAUUUUCGGAAUGCGUCGCGCGCAAUGAAGAUUACGGAUCGUCUACUCGAUUUACUGGGGGACUGGAAGAUCCCAUUGCCUAUUCCUGGCUGUGUCUUCGAGGAUUUCGGAUUCGCUACGGAUGACUAUGGAUUCACUGGGCCUUUACGGGAAAAUUCGGAUCUGCCAGCAAUCCUAAUUCUAAGUACGUCUAUGACGAGUGGAUGGGGACUUGGUGAAUGGGUUUUUCGAACAAGGAUUGCGGAUUUUCAAAAUAUGCGGCGACCGAUUCCAAACUUUGCAUAUUUGACAGCAGGGAUGAAAGUUGAAAUCAAUCAGGUAUCGAUUAGUGGAUGGUGUGCGGUGAUGCGACGCAACAGUCUAUCGAUGAAGGCAUUGCGGGACGUGAUAUUCAACGGGUUGCAUUUGGGACCAAAUUACAAGUUUGCUCAAAUCUACUUGCGUAUCGGAACAAAUGAUGUGAAGGGCCUGUGCACCUUCAAGUAUUAUGACGUCCGUUUUCCAACUUUUGAAGCCUUUUACAAAGAAUAUGAGCAGUUCAUGGGAAAUCUCGUAAAGGCCUUCGCUUGCAACGUGUUUGCUUUGGGAGCAGCUCCGCCUUCUGUAUCACCAUUAUUGGAGAGUCCUACAAGUGUGGUAUUGGAUGCUGACCAAAAUGGAUUGCCAUUAGUACCUUUAAGGUGUUUGGAUAAUGUUGACCUUGUGGAGGAAGAAGAUAGGGAGAGAGCUGGUCGCAUUUAUCUGAACGAAAUUUACAGGCGAUUAGCAGGUAUUGAUGGGGUCAUGAAUGUUGUUGAUGCGGAAAGAAAUCUGGGAUGGAUCGCUUUGCCUACACCCAUUGAUGGGCUGAGAGCGUAUAGCAGUGGUCGUGGAAAGUUAUCAGAUUUUGGGCAUAUUACGCCUUCUGGUUACUUGAUUUUCGCUAAGUAUCACUGCAUUUCCAUGUGGCGUGGGAUUCGAAUGUUGCCAGGCUAUGAAAAGGUAGUGGGACGAAUCUGCUCAGGACAAUAUCCUAGGUGGCUUGAUGAUGGAACAGUGGCAGUGGGUUUGGCUCCUGAUAAUCUGCAUGGGCAUAGUGGAUCCUUUGGACCAGUUUCAGACUGUGUUGGACCAUUAGUUCCCACUGGGAAUAUUGAUCUUGCCAAGUUGCGAAAGUUUGACUUUGACGAAUGCUUCCUGACUGAUGCUGCAACAAGUAACGCCCGGAGUCGGUCAAAAAUUGAAGUUGGGGACAUAGUACAAAUUCGAAACGUGAAGGGGACCAGAAUCGUCAUAUCUCGAACUCCUACUGGUUUUUGGACGGUUGGUUUUGGUGGUCAACUGCAGCGUCGUCGCCGCUUAAACCGAGCUGUUGCGUUUCUUGUCGUUGUCGUUGUUGUUGUCGCUCUUGCACUAGUCGGACAAGAAGUGGCUCACCAUCACAGGGCGCACGAGAAGCAGCAGCAGGAGCAACAGGGCCGCCAUAAUAAGAAGAAGAUGGCGCCGCAGCCGCCGAAACGCACGGAGGCGUCCAAGCAGGCCGUCGGCGCAUGGAACCUUUGUGCUGGAAAGCGUCGGAAUGCCAAGAGUAGCAGCAAUAAGGCGCAGAUUGCUCCUGAACCUCCGGUUGACCACCAGAUUAUCGAGUACAGUGAAGAAUACACUGAGAUAAGCAUGGAGGAAGACGAACUGGACGACGAAGAUGACAAUAAUGAAGAGAACAACGUCAACCUCAUUGAAGAACACGUCGCAAAGAAGAAAUUGAGCCCGAGGUCAGUGCCAGUGGAACGCCGCCGCCACGACUUCUCGCCGUCACGCGUCAGCGUCGCCACUCAAGUAUCAGAGUCAUGCUCCGAAGAAGAAGAAGAAAACGACGCAGUCGAGACCAACAAGUCCGCCACAUUGCCCAGAAACUUUGCCGAGCGCUUCAAACUCUCGUCGCCGCGAACAUCAGCACAGCCGCCACCGCCUGCAACACCAGCAGCAGCACUCACGCAGCUGGACGCCAAAUCCGCGGCGUUUGCCCGCAAGUCCGCCGGAAGCUCGACGUUGUCCCCAGUCCGUCUCACCGCCUUCAAAACGACGUCCUUUGAGAAGAUCAAUUUCCUGAAGGCGCCGGUGAUGUCCGUUGCUGAUGGGGACAGUGCGGCGGGGAACGGAUUCACGUCCACGCACUUGGUGCGGAGUGCUGGUGGUGGUGGUGGUAGUGCUGGACUGAAAAAUGGUGGUGGUGAGGAUAAUGAUAAUGAUGAUGAUGAUAAUAAGGGGUCGUCUUUCCUGAUGAGUCGACUGGGAAGAAAGUCGUGGGACGCUGCUGGGGGUGAAGGUCGGUUUUUUGAUGCGAAGACGUCGGGCACGCGGUUACUGAGUGUCCCGACGACCCCCGCCGUGAAUGGGAACAAGUCAGGAGGAGGAAACAUCAACAAGCCUCCCUCAAGCCCCUUCAGAGUGUUUCCCAUCAGCACCAGUCCAAAACCUCCAGCAACAGCAGCUGACACAUCAUCAGAUCGAGGAAGACCAACGUCAUCAAUCAGCAAAAUGCCCAGCAGCAGCAGCAGCAGACGUGUUGAUGAACCCGUGCCCGUGGUGACCCAGCAACGUUCCCGUAGUGCGAGUCUGCAACCAGCUCGUCUGUCCGCGUUACUUCACGGAGGAUCAAAUCCAAGCACUAGUACUAAUCAUACCAGCAGCAGCAGCAGUGGCAUCUGUGCCACUAGUGGUAGUCUUCGAAAUCCACCACCGGAGAAACGCGCUGCAGAAAGCAGUCAUUUCGUUAUCGUAGCCGUGGAUUUCGGAACCACUUACAGCGGUUACGCGUUUUGCUUCACGCACAAACCCAGCGACAUCCACGUCAUGAGAAAAUGGCCGGGUUAG